AUGGAGAAUACCAACAAAUUCAAGUUUGUGAAGGGGAUACCACUCAUUCCUGAAAUCCAUGAUGUGGAGGAAAUCGAAAGGAUGUGUGAUGACUUUGAGGUUCGGGAUAAUGAUGUCAUUAUAAUGACCUACCCAAAGUCAGGAACCCAUUGGAUGAUAGAUAUUCUCAGCCUGAUCUACUCCAAAGGGGACCCCACAUGGGUCAAGUCUGUUCCCUACUGGAAACGUUCUCCCUGGAUAGAGGUGAAAGGAUCCAUUGGAAUCAUCAAGAAUCAGGUGGACCCACGGCUCCUCACUUCCCAUCUCCCUAUCCAGCUCUUCCCUAAGUCCUAUUUCACCAGCAAGGCCAAGAUGAUCUGUGUUGCCAGGAAUCCAAGGGAUAUCAUCGUAUCCCUCUACCAUUUCUGUAGUCAGGGACCAUUUCAUGCAUUAUAUUCAAACUUUGAGCAAGUCUUUGAUGGCUUCCUACAAGGAAAUGUGUUCUUUGGGUCCUGGUUUGACCACAUCAAAGGAUGGCUUUCCAGGAGAGAUUCAGAGAAUUUCUUGUUUGUAACCUAUGAGGAACUCCAUCAGGAUUUUAUGGCCAGUGUGAAGAAGAUUUGCCAAUUUCUGGGCAAGGAGUUGAGUGAGGAAGAAAUCAACUUGGUGGUAGAGAAUGCCUCCUUCCAAGUCAUGAAACAACGCAUGCUGGAAGACAAGGAAUUUAUACCAAUGAAAAAUACCGAAUAUCUCAAAAUGAUUACACUGAGAAAAGGAAUCUGUGGAGACUGGAAAAACUACUUCACAGUGACCCAGAUGGAAACAUUCAAUCAGCUGUACCAAGAGAAGAUGAACAGGCUGGACCAGGACCUGUUCCCAUGGGAUCAAUGCUGA